GGAUGAAUUGAAUCUUAUUCAAGAAGACAAUUAGUUAAAAACUACUUUAAAAAAACCCCAUGCACAUCAUUUUUGAAGAGGGUAUUUUUAUAUAGAUAUCUACAUACCGAUGACUAAUCUAAUAACACUGGACAUAGCUUGAAAAAUACAUGCACAUCUUUUGUUUCGGAAUGAAGGAAUGUAUCAUUGACGUCAACGUAAAUUCUAUUUACAGUACUUUUAAUAUUUCUUGUAACAAAAAUGGGAUAUCGAACACGUCACAUUUAAUGUUUGUCUUCUUUGACAUGAUUUGUUUAAUGAAAAUGAAAUCCUUGUGGAAAUAUUUUUACAAUCAUUUGGACGUUGAUUGGGUAAGGGGUUUAUCAUGUGUCACGGUAGCUAGGGUUUUUACAAACAAUUGAAUUUCCUCUAUUCCAGUCCCCGAAGGAGUCCCGUUGUUUACGAGGCUUCAUCCGUUACCCCUAAAGGUGUAGCCAGGAAAUUUUGGUGAAUUAUUGGCGUAAUAAAUUUGCUAAAUCCCCCGUAGGAAAUUAACGUACACGCAAAUAAGGAAGAAUUUGUAUAGCCAGCCACAGAUAACUUUCAUUUUAUCAUUUUGAUGUUUCUUCAUUCUAUGCCAAAGAGACGUGCAAGCUUACAUGUAUCUUGUAACGGGAUGUGUAAUACAUGAGAAACUGCCCUAUGAACGAGAGCACACAUUGCAGUUUUGAUAUAUUUACGAACAGUUGGGAUUUAGCUAUUCAAACAGAGAGAUUGGGAAUUCUAGUAAGUGCAUUGUAGCAAAGUUGGCUACACCGUUUUUAUUGUUUGACACUUGGACAAACUUAUCACAUUGCAAAAAUUAUUGAAUAUGGAUCAGAUAAAUAUCGUCUGCAACAUUGGACAUCGAGCGGUAAAUCACUGAGCAUUUGUAUUACGGUGUAGAACAGCCGAGUAGCGUCACUACCAGAAGUUGGCUCGUUACUGGAAAGUCCCUUUAACGACAUUAUACGGAAAACAGCGAUAAAGGUGUAAUUUGUCACUCAUUAACAACUCUGUGGAUUUUCGAUCAAAUCUCGGGGAUUAAUACUCUACCCAAAUGAGAUUGAUUGCUCGUCGAUAGCCGCUACUGUAUUAUUCUUCCUUCUCUUUCUCAAGUGAAUGAAAUAAAGAGACGUAAGAAAUCGCUGGACGGACCCCGUAAUUGAUCCUGGCAUAAGCCAAUGAUCGCGGAAACUGUCGCAAGAAAUGGAGGGAGGGAUAGAUUGACACCGCGACCAAACGCAAAUGAUAACCAAUAUAUAAUUCAAAGAUCCUUUAACAGCAAGCAUAACCUACCACACAGAGUAGCAGCAGCGCCGACAGAUCAAGAGAGGGGUACAGGUUUUGCUUGCGUAAUGCUGGCGUUCUAUACUCUUCUAUCACUGCCGUUCUACAUCGCUGUUGUUGGAACUUUGGUGCUUAGUUUGUUUGUAUACUUAAAAAGUUUUCUGUGUUCCACGGAAAUCCUACCAAAAUUUUUCUACAAGGAAUCGACUUUAGCAACUCAUAUACUGAAGCGAUGCCGGUUUAUGACCAGGGCAUUUUCUCCAUCGAUUUGGAUAAGUAACCGACACAUUCAGACUUUGCUCCCAUGGAUAAUUCCACAUAAUUGUAAGUGUCAGUUUGACAGAGAGUACCUUCAGCUGAGGGACAAAGGAGUCGUGGCUCUAGAUUGGGUGACAAAUGUAAAACUCCCGAAGAAGAAAAGGCGAACGGUCAUCCUAAUAAUUCCCGGAUUGACCGGUGACGCAUUGAGUGUGUCGUCAUUAUGUGACGCAGCGACUUGUAGAGGAAUGCAAUGUGUUGUUUUCAACAGACGUGGACAUGGGCGUACUUUUUUAACGACGCCUAAAUUACAAAGUUAUGGCGACCCUUCUGAUCUUCGUCAAGUUAUUAAUUACAUUCAUGAUAGGUAUCCAAAGACCCUUAUAACAGUGGUGUCCUAUGGAUCGGGUUGUGACUUAUUCUUAUCCUACCUCGGGGAAUUUGGGUCUUCUGCUCAGAUUUGCGCGGGAGUUUGCGUAUCUCCGUGUUUUGAGGUGAAUCAGCGAUCAUCCGAUAUAUUCUCAGGGAUUUACAACAUUCUUGUUCUAUUACAUAUGAAGUUCAUCAUUUGGAGACAUGCUCGAGCCCUCAGUGACGUCAUCGACGUACCAGGUGCUUUGAAAUCUUGGUCCUUCAAAAGUUUUGACAGUCACGUGUUUUUGAAAAUGCUCGGUUGUGAAGAUUUGGACGAAUUCUACGAGAGAAACAACCCUUUAAGGGAUGUAGAUGAUAUAUCAAUACCAUUAUUAUUUUUAUGUAGCCUAGACGAUCCCGUGUACUCCAAGAAUUCCAUUCCACACGACUUGUUCAAGUAUUAUCCUAAUUUUUUUAUGCUCACGCUAGAGACUGGAGGCCAUUGCGGGUUCAGGGAAAAAAUGACAUCGGUUUCAUGGGCGGAUAAGAUUUCGUUAGAUUAUUUGGAAGCUAUUUUAGAAUUCACAAUUAAAGGAUACAGGAUUGAUUAUCACAAGAGCCCCGCACGUUCGACUAUUUGAUAAACAUCGGCACGUGCUAAAUGCUCCUGUCAAAAGAAUGUACAGACUCCCCGUAGACAAUUUGAAAUAUGCGUGUGUAGUUCCUCUGGAUUAGAAUACAUUCCAAAACUAUCUCUAGAACUAAUGGAAACUCUUUUACUUAUAAAAGGUUUGAAAAUCAGAUUUCUAUGUCAGAUAUUUUACCAGUUUGUUUUUCUCUCUCUCUCUCUUUUUUUUGGCUCAGAGAGAAAAAAAUAUUUUUCUAAUUUUUUUUUUUUUUACUCAGAAAUGUAAUCAAAUACUCGCCAUCUCAGGAUGUCAAAGAAAUUAGAGAUACUGAUUAAGCGUUAACAUUACUUCGUCAAUUGAUUGUAAAGGCUUUGGAUGAUCCAUUUUCAGAUGGCGGUUUUUUUCCCCAAUUAGCAAGCUACGUUAACUUCAAGGGAAAUAUUAAAGCCACUACAAACCCUUUUCACUAAAUUACAUUGAGGGUUGGUUAGAAAAGAAGGCAUCCGUUGACAUUUGAGUCUCACCCCUAAGAUAAAUUAAUUGACUCUCUUUAAACGUUUUGAGUAGCUGUUAAUCAACUAGGCAACAUCUUGCUGUCAGAAAAAGAUCGUGAUUUUUUUAUAUCUUUUACGAACAUUCCUACAUUGUCUCACUGCCUCGCUGUAUUUGUUCAAUUCGGUUUAUC